AUGGAUACACAAAACCACCAGACAACUUUAAAUGAACUUCAGGAGCGACUUCAAGCACAAACAGAAGAAAAUUCGCAGCUGAUUGACAAAAAUGAACGUCUUUUCACCAAAGUGGGCUACCUGGAGAGCAGACUGGGCCACCUGGCCAGCUCCAACACAGAUCUGUCCUGCAGGCUGGUCCAGAGUGAAGAGGAGAAACUGAAGAUAUCUAAGGAGCUUGUGGAGGAAAAGAUUCAGACAAACAAGAUAAGAGAGCAGUUUGAAGAAGAGAAGUUUGAGCUGAAAAACAAGAUAUUGAACCAAGCCGGAGUUAUGACAGAGCUUGAGAUGGAGCGAGACAAGUUAUCCAGGGAACUCCAGUCAGCCGAGGCUCGUCUGAAAGUGGGAGAGAAGAGCUGCCAAGACCUGACGGAGGAGUAUGCCACACUGAAGAAGAACUACCGAGCUCUGGCUGAGGCCCAUGAUAAAGAGCUGGACCAGAGUGAAGAGCUCAGUGCUGAGCUGCUGGCACUGGCCCGGGCCCAGGAGGCCCUCCGUAGGCAGCUGCAAGAACAGCAGCAGAGUGUGAAGACUGCCACCCAUGGCCUGCAUGGUGAGCUGUACAGGGUGCAGGCCUUGAUCAGCCGCAUGUCGCACAAUAGAGUCAAGCUUGAGGAUCUGGCAGCUUUGGACAAGGAGCAAAAAACUCUACAUGGAAACCAAGAUGAGAUCAAAAACAUACUGGAGAAAAUGAAGAACAGCUACGAGGAGCGGCAGAAGAAACUGGAGGAGAAAGUGGUGGCAAUGGGUAAAGAGCACCAGGAGAACAAGAGAGCGAUCCGUAAUAGCCAGCAGGAACUAUCUGAGCAGAGAGCGGCCCUGAUGUGCGCUCAGAGCCAAGUGAAGGAGGCAGACGAAGAGAAUUCAAAGCUGCAGCUCCAAGUCAAAGAGCUGAAUGAGGAAUACCGUGCACGGCUUGUGUGCUAUUUACAGGACUUAGCUGAAUAUGUAGAUGGACUUGGAGAAGGUAAAAGCCCUUCAGAAGCUUCUAAGAUGAGGACAUUUGUGGACAGCAUGCUCCAGGAUGUUCGCUUAUCCUACAGGGCCAGGGAGGAACAGCUUGCCUCUGCUGCUCGCUCCUAUAAGAAGAGACUCCAGAAGAUCACCAAGAUCCAUCAUGCUCUCCUUAUUGCUUAUAGGGUUCAGAGGGAGCAGAUCUUGGCCAAACCAGAGAGCGGUCUUGACCCUGGACCCCCAGAAGCCCACUUCAGCCUGGAGCCCACAGAGCUCAGAGAUGAAACUGAGAGGGAGGUCCAGCACCUUCGCCAGGACAAGGCGAGGCUGGAGGGUCAGCUGCAGGCGGCAUGGGAGCAGGUGGCUGUCCUCAAAAUGCCUGUUCAAAAUUUAAGCUGUCUGGAGCCGGCAAAACUGGAGCAGAUACACGAGGAAUCCUGGUCGGACAUAAGGAAACAGCUGAGGGAGGUCACAGACUCUUCGCUGGUGGGCUUUGAGAAGGAGCGCACCCUUCUCAUCACCAGAGCAACAGUUGCAGAGGCGCAGGUGUCCGAGCUGCAGGACUAUAUUGACAUCCACCUGGGCAGGUAUAAAGAGGAGAUCUCACAUCUUUGCAAACUGCAUGGGAAACAGGAGGCGGUGCGUUCCCAAAGUGCUUAUUCACAACUCCAUUAA